AUGACUUCAAUUUACUCCUGUACCUCCGACACCGACAAUCUUUUCAAUGAUGAAAUGUCUUGGACACAAGAAACCACCGACAGUUUCAUUGAUGAUGAUUUGGAGUUUUAUGGUUCAAUCAAUAAAAGAAGCUCGAUGUGCUACUUCACCCGACCAGCAAUCCUUCGAGUGUCCGUGAAUUCUUUUGAAGAUCUACUGGAUAUUGAAGACGGAAGAGUUCCUGAAACAUUUUUCCAAAAAACUAAGUCACAAGAAGAUGCUUACAAUCACUUCAACUUCGAGUCUUUUCCAAAUAAUGCUCAUUAUCUACAUCCAAAUGUUGAGAUCUCUUCAACCAACCAACAUCAAAAUGUUCACUCGCCCCCUGGUUCUAUUUCUGAUAGAUCAUCAUCUAUAGGGAGUUCUGCCAGUGAAUCGCAUGAUUUCAACAUCCCUUGUGUCUCAACUGUCACCACAUCAAGUGAUUCACAGUCUUGUUUAUCUGCUUGUAAAUCGCGAGAAUCAAAAUCCCAAAGCACCAGUCUCAAAAGCGCAAAAAGUCUUUGGAGAUCAAUCCCUAGAAUAACUUCGAACUUUGUUGCUAAUAAUAUCAUUGCUCCCCCACCUCCUCCUACUGAUAAACUUUUCGAUGAAUAUUACAGUGUUAGGGCCACGACCAAUAAACACAACCAACACAAUCCAUAUAUAAAUACUUCCGCCAGACUUUCAUCGGAAGCAUCAGAAAUAUCGAUACCUUCUGAAUUGCUAAAAGCCCACGAAGGAGACUUUUAUUCCCUCUCCGCAUCACUCUACGACACUACUCCAUUUGAAUUCACCCAACUUCAAGGUAAAGUGGUGCUCAUAGUAAACAUUUCCACAUCUUAUGGCCUUUCACAUCAACUCCGAAAGUACUCGAAACUUUAUAAAAGGUUCAACCCUAAAAAAUUCCAAAUUCUCGCAUUUAUGUCUAGUGAAUUCUUACAAGAGCCCCUGCGCAAUCAUCCAGAGAAUGAGAAGAGUUUAUACCGCGCCCCUCAUCCGAUAAUGGCCACGGUCAAUGUCAAUGGUCUGAACUGUCAUCCAGUGUUCAAAUUCUUGAAAACAUCUAAGGCGCCAGCAUGGAUCAACAAAUUCAACGUGAAUAAUGGGAAUUAUGGAGUUGGUGAAGAUGGGUGCUUCAGUAAACGUUUGUUAUGGAAUUAUGAAAAGUUCUUGAUCGAUUCAAAUGGCACAGUUGUCAGAAGAUUCCAUCCACUUGUUGGCACUCACGCUAUUGAAAAAUACAUCAAGGAAUUGAUAUGA